AUGGUGCGCGCGGUCGAGCGGCGCGGCGCGGGCGGACUGUGCGCAUGGUCGGGCGGCGGCGAGCGCUUACAGUCGCGUGCGCGCAGCCGGCGCCGCCAGCGCGCGCGCGCCCAGCCGCUGACACUGCAAACAAAGCGCAUUGAGGAUUCCGCGCAGCACACACUCGAAGUGUGCCAAGCUUGGGUGGCAGAGCGCGAAAUCCUCGUGGAACAGGUAGGACAAGAUCUCUCCUUACGGGCCAUCCUGCCUCGUAUGCUAGAGAGCCCAGAUGCAUGGCAUGCGGUGCUCCACUUCUGCGAGGAGGUCAUGUCGCAGAAAGAAGCGGCGGAGAGGGAGCGAGAGGCCUCGCCUGACGCUCCACCGAACCGUCGCCGACGUCCAGGACACCGCAGGAGACACUACCAUCUCCAUGCCCCCUCUUAA